UAUAAAAUAGUCCCUUGAGAAGAUAUAAUAAAAUGGUGGUGUGAGGGCAAAAAACACAGAGAGAUCCCAGUGCAGAUGAACAUAAAUAUUUAUUGAAAUAAAAUAAUAUAAAGGAGAGUCAGUAGCACGUCUGGGCACACAGGCCACAUCGAGGCAGAUGGCAAAAAGGCGAUGAGCACACACACUGGGUCAGAGAGAGAACCACACACGUCCGGGCUCCAGCCACACUUAAACGGACGGUGGGAGAGAGGAAGGAUGGCACACAGCACAGCAAGAGAAAUCCACAACUCGCCUGGGCGAGAGGAGUGAUCCUGUGGCGGGCAGAGAGAGAGAGAGAGCGUUAGUGGUGCUGAGUGCUGACAGGGAGAAGCUGGACAGCUCCCAAGGCGAAGGAUCGCCCUGCUGGACAGCGGCAAAGCCGUGAUGAGAAUCCUCUGCACGGAGAUGGAGAUAUAAGGCAGUCUUUAAUGAGAAGAUGAAACAGAGGAUCACUGAUGGAAACAGCAGCGGUAAACCAAAUCUUCCGGGUAGCAGAGAGCACAGAUAAACAGGGAAUAUACUAUUAAAGGUGCAGUAUGUAGAUUUUUGCGGAAUCUAGUGGUGAGGUUGUGCAUUGCAACCAACGGCUCAGUCCACUGCUCAUCCUUUGCUUUUGAAACGCAUAGAGGAACUACGUUAGCCGCCACCGGACAAACAUGUCAUCGUCGGAGACAACUUGGUAAAAAAAGUUUGUCCGUUAAGGGCUUCUGUAGAAACAUGGCAGCACAAAAUGGCUGGACCCUCUGUGUAUGUAGAUAAAAACAUCUAAUUUUAAGGUAAUAAAAACAUAACGGUAAAUUACAUGAAAGGUCUUUAUACACCCUUGAUCAUAUAGUUUUGUAAAAUAUUUAGCAUUUAUGUGAAGAGAUUCUUCUAAAAAUUACACACUGCACCUUUAACUGACUAGGAAAACUCACACGACACGACAAGACAAGACUAGGAUCUAGACAAGGCUAGAAACGGGCGAGCACAUACAAAGACGAACUUGCAACGAGACACAAAACACAAACACAGGGAAACAAAAAUACAGCAGCCGGUAAAACUGAAAUCAUGACAGGUGGGGUGUACUCACUUUCGUGAGAUACUGUAUAUGCAAAUUCUUUGGCUAUAAAUAUAACUGAAUUUAACUGUAAAUAAUGACAUUAAAUAUAAAAUAAAUAUUUGAAUUGGCAAAUAUAAUUAGAACACAUAGCUAAUACUUUUUUUUUUUUUUACAAAAUAUUACACAAACAUUCUGUAUUAAUUUUAAAACAGUUUAAAAUGUACAGGUCAAAGUUGCUUCCUGAUGUUAAACAAGCUGAUGACAUCAAAACCACAUUGGUCCUCCCUCACAAACGUGUGUGUAUUACUUGACUGCCGCAUGUAAGCUGCAUAUAACAAAAACUGUUCUGCAACCCCAAAACACUUUUCAAUAUGAUUCACACAAGUCGCAUCACCCUUCUGUUUCUGAUACUGUGCUCUCUGCAGUGGCGAGGAAAUACUCUCACCUCAAAUGCGUUUGACUCUAUAACAAAAGAAGCUUCUACAGUUGAAGGCCAUGAUAGCCACAACAAUGCUACAAAUCUGCCCAAGAGACCUAUUCUUCAGCCCAAAGAAACCGUUCCACUUCAGUUUACAUGCACUUUAAAGAACCCUCAGGGCAAAGUAUGUGUGCGGGCCAGUUUGGGAGUGGAGUAUGUCGUGAGGGUGAACAAAAAAAAUUAUUAUUACAACCUGAAUCCCAGCUUAAUACAAGCCACAGGAUAUUGUGGGGACACUAAAUCAGUGCUCUCAUUGGACUUUGAAGGUGGACAUCUAGAGUUCACCUUUAUAAAGGAAGGCGGUUUCUCGUAUGUGAAGACUAUUAAAGGUCUUUUGAAUCCCGCCCCUCCUUGUAAAAAAUGCCAAAGUAAACCCUACAUUGGAAUUGUGGAUCAUGAAAACCUGUUCAAAACUAGCAAUGGCCUGAGCUUCAAGUGCAAGUCUGAGACGAUGCUGAUACUGGCAAAUAACUUCAGAGUUAAACUUAUACCUCUGCAGAUGCAAGCUUUUGAUCUGGCUAAUGGAGCGUUCGGAAAAGAUGCUGAAUGCUGGGCGGAUUACAACAAGCGAAUGAUUCCGAUUAUUUUGGGAGCUGUAGCUGCAGCAGUUUGUCUCAUUGCAAUUUUGACCUUUGUGCUUGUCCGUGAACGUCGUGGACAAGGCUACGAACAACUCUGAGACUCUACAUGUGUGUUACAAUCAAGUGAUUUCAUAUUUUUUUUGCAUUAUUUGAAUUUCAGGUUUCAAAGAAUAAAUACUGUUGUCAUGUGCUCAGUAAAAUGACAUAAUCCUCUUGUAAUUGCUAAAUCUGAUGUGUAAAAAUAACAAGCAGGAAGCAGACUAAACAAAAAUUAAUAAAAGUUGUAAAGGUAUCAGUCUUACUGUUAUUUCAGUUAAUUAUAAUUUGAAUACAAUUAAAAACACUUACUAAACAUUUACUAAUUAACAAAAGGAAUAUAGCUUAUAAUGAACCACAAAAGACACUUUUGAAUAUGCAAUUAUUACACAGAUUUAAAUGUUUUUGACCAAAUCAAUUUAUAAUUUCCAUAACAUAGUAAUAAUAAGACAAUGAGCAAAAUGAAAACAUUCUUGGUGGUUAAAAAUGUUUAAUUAACUUGCAUAUAAGACAUUUUAAGGAGGAGCUAUUGAAAACUUUGUUGUUUUAUGUGUUUAAUUCAAAUAAAACUUUAAUGAGGUUUA